AUGCCUCGUCAGUCUCAGAGCAAGAGCAAGCGCGUGACGCUGCGGCAGAAGUACAAGGUGAUCCGCAAGGUGAAGGAGCACGCCAAGAAGAAGCUCAAGGAGGCCAAGAAGGCGCGCCGCGACGGCGUCGCGCCGAGGCGGCGCGUGGAGAAGGACCCGGGCAUCCCCAACGACUGGCCGUUCCGCGAAGAGGAGCUUGCGGCGCUCGAGGCGCGGCGGCAGCGCGGGCUGGAGGAACGCGAGGCGAAGAAGGCGGAGAAGAAGGAGCGGGCGAGGCGGCGCCGCGCGGGGCUGCCGGAGGAGGGGCCGCUGCCGGGCGCCGAAGGCGUGGAGGAUGAGGAAGACGCGGAGAUGGGGGCCGAGGGGGAGGAGGGGGAGGAAUGUGGGCGCGUGACUAGCGGGGCGGCGAUGGCGGGGAUGGUGAAGGGGGCGAUGGAGAGGGGCGCGGAGUUUGAGAAGCGGAAGAGAGAGCGGGAGGAGGCGGCGGAGGGGCAAGCGGGCAAGGGGAAAGCGGGAGGGCAGCGGGCGUUUAUGCGCGAGUUGCGCGCGGUGGUGGAGGCGGCGGACGUGGUGCUGCUCGUGCUCGACGCGCGCGACCCGCUGGGUGGGCGGUGCCGCCAGCUGGAGGACAUGGUGGCACGCAGCGGCGCGCACAAGCGCGUCGUGCUGCUGCUCAACAAAAUCGACCUGGUACCGCGCGACGUGGUGCAGCGCUGGCUGGCGUACUUCCGCCGCGAGCUGCCCGCCGUGGCCUUCAAGGCCUCCACGCAGGCGCAACGCGCGCACCUCGCGCGCGCCUCCCGCAAAUCCCGCGCCGACCCCAACCGCGCCGCCGCGCCGCAGCCGCUGCUGCCGCGGGGGGAGGGGGAGGAGGCGGGCGGCGCGGCGGGCGCGGAGGGCAGCGAGUGCUUCGGCGCAGACACGCUGAUCCAGCUGCUCAAGAACUACUGCCGCAACAAAGACAUCAAGACGGCCAUCCGGGUGGGAGUGGUGGGGCUGCCCAACGUGGGCAAGAGCAGUGUGAUCAACUCGCUCAAGCGCGCGCGCGUGGCCAAGGCGGGCGCCACGGCGGGCGUGACGCGCGCGCUGCAGGAGGUGCAGCUGGACAAACUCGUGCGCCUCAUUGACUCGCCGGGGGUCGUGCUGUCGGGGGGAGGGGGAGGCGGAGGGGGAGGUCAAGGGGGGAAGGACGACGAGGCAGCUGCUGCGCUGCGCAAUGCCAUCCGCCCUGAGGCGCUGCUCGACCCCUUUGCACCGGUGGAGCGCAUACUGCAGCUGUGCCCACGGGCGCACCUGAACGCCGUCUACGGCCUGGACGAAGCCGCCGCCCACAAGGAGGGGGCGGGCGGCCCCGUGGACAGCUUCCUUCGGCAGGUAGCGCAGAAGCGCGGGCGGCUGAAGAAGGGCGGCGUGCCGGACACGCUUGCUGCGGCGCGCAUCGUGCUUCGGGAGUGGAAUGAAGGCCGCAUCCCGUACUACACACUGCCGCCAUCACCGGCGUCGGAGGCGGUGGAGGGGGCGGAGGAGCACGAGGAGGGGGCGGCGCUGGUGGGUACAUGGGGGGGCGAGUUCGGCGCACACGAGGUGCUGGCCAGCGAGCAGCGCGCCUGGCAGGCCCACCAGGGGGGCGCCCUCGCCCCGCCUGCUGGGGGAGGUGGUGGUGGUGCAGCGGGGCAUGCGGUGCUGCCUGCUAGCGCACCGGCCACCAUGAUGGUCACAGAUGAGGUGGAAGAGGGAGAGGAGGAAGAGGACGAGGAGGAAGCAGAGGCGGGCGGCAUGCAUGUGGACGACGUGGAUGCGGUGGCGGCAGCGGAGAAGGCAGGUGUGAUGCGGGGGAGGGAGUAUCUGCGGCAGAACGAGGUGCUGUAUGAAGCAGCAGGUAUCCUCAAUCCGCAUCAGCGCCGCGCCGACAAGAAGCGCCGCAAGAAGCAGCAGCACUUGGAGGGGGAGGGGGCGGGGGAGGAGGGCGGUGCGGGGAGCACACGGGGAAAGGGCAAGGGCGGGGCAGCGGGUAAGGGGGCCGGGGGUGAGGAGGCGGAGGGGAGUGAGGGAAGUGACUAUGACUUCACGGAGCAGUUUGAAGGCAUGCUGCCGGAAUGA